AACCAGUUGUUAGCAGAGCGCUGAGUUUCCCAAGCCCCCCCAGUGCCCUGGCUCGGGACACCCUCCCAGUGCUGCACUCCCCCAGGCCUGACUGCCUGCCUGCCUGCUCUUCUUGGCAGCCGAACAGCCAGGGGAGGAUCAGGACGACCGGGCGGCUGAGAUAAGGACCACAUGAAGUUCCCCACAUUACCUCACCCGAUAAGGAAACAAGCAGAGACAGACGGAGAGGCAGAGAGAGAGAGAGGGUCAGACUGGGAGGAAUUGUCUGGAUGGACGGUGAUGCGCAGAGAGUCGGCCGGUGAUUGUGAGUUCUUUUAGGGGUCUGGCUGGAACUGGGAACCCGUGGAGGCCUGGUGAACUCUGGAAAAGAGCUUGAAGAUGCUCGAACAGAACGGUCCUCAGUAGCUACAGAAAAAACAUGAGCACAGAGUAGAAUGUUUAUGAGAUCAGAUGAGUGAUUUCAGCUGUUCUUGAGCCAGUGUUUGACUUUUAAAAUGCUAAGAUGACCUGCGUGUUCUGCAGCGUGUUUACCAAAGCACUCGGUGGAUGAUACUUUCACUACAACCUCCAACAACGGGAAAGCAAACUUCCAUCCAGCCAAUGAAGAUAGACUGAGCCAAAUUGAAUUAAGUCUUCGGGACAGUCUGCUACAGCGCUUCGGCAGCACCCAUGGCGGUGAAUCCUCUGGAAGGUCUCAUGUCGGUUGCAGCGAAGCACCAGCUGGUCUCCAGCUCCACGGCCGAGCCGCCGAGGCAGCAGCCCCGAGCGGCCGGCAGCCCGGCAUCCCUGCACGGACACGGGCAGGGCACACGCAGGAAGUGGGUGCAGUCUGUGUGUGGGUCCAGGUCUAACUCUGGUUCUGGUUGUGAGUCUGCGGAGCCGUGCAGGACGCUGAGGGGUCAGCACUCCCCAGAAAACGCAGCGCGAGAGAGGAGCCGCGUACGCAACCUACGACAGGCCUUCCACAGCCUGCAGGCUGCUCUGCCCUCAGUCCCACCAGACACCAAGCUGUCCAAGCUGGAUGUCCUGGUUCUGGCUACUAACUACAUAGCUUACCUGACAGAGACGCUGGACCAGGGAGGGACGCUGGCUGAGCACACGCUGCCCCCCAGGCCGGGUGGAUACCUGCAUCCUGUUAAGAAGUGGCCCAUGCGUUCUCUGCUCUACUGUGGCGGUGUGGAAGGGCUGCUGUCAGGAGUCCCAGCCAAUCAGAUGCCUCCACCUGGACGGGACGGGACACACCCACUGACCUCCACCUUAGAAGCAGACAAAGAGUGACAGCAGAGCAGAACUUUACCCCUGCUUUUUUUUUUUUUUUUUUUUUAUAUCUCCAAUGUUAACCAGCCAUGUAGCUCCUAUUGACAGCAGAGGAAGAAGAUUAAAGGUGGAGUCUAAUGCAAACACACUUUUUGUCAAAUUCAGUGAAUAUCUCCUCGCGGUCUGCU